UUACCUAAUAUUCAGGAUUAUGAUUGUAAUUUCUAAUUAAUUAUUCAGAUAACAAAUCAGCCAAUAGCCCGACAACCCGUUAAAAGAUCCCACAACUCUUCUCUUAUUUCCUCCCUUCAAUUUCACUUUUGUUUGUACAGAUCAUCUUCUCAUAAUUUUGAAUCUUCCUCUAUUUUCGUUCUGAUUGCCGAAACGUCGACUCCCUUCGAUUUCGAAUUUCAGAAUAUUUAUGCAUUUUACAGGAAAUCUGAAUCCCCUGCACACAAUGUUUUUCCUUUCCCCCCUUUCCGUUUAAAAGGUAUGGAGUGUUUAGGUUUCUGUAAGAGAACAUGGUGCAGUGCCUAGAUGGAGUGAAGCAUCUGCUUUCUGCUAUUGUAAAUUGCUGUGAAUCGGAUAUCAAUAAACAACCCAGCGGCCUGGGAGAUCCUGAAGCUCUAGCAAGCGCGACAGUUUGUAUGACAUCUUACUUAUUUUUCUCUCUAAAUGUUAGUGUUAGUGAAAUAGAAGCACUGUACGAAUUGUUUAAAAAGAUCAGCAGUGCUGUGGUAGAUGAUGGGCUUAUUAAUAAGGAGGAGUUCCAGCUUGCUCUUUUUAAGACCAACCAAAAGGAGAGCAUGUUUGCGGACAGGGUGUUUGACCUAUUUGAUGUAAAACACAAUGGGAUAUUAGACUUUGAAGAGUUUGCCCAGGCUUUAUCAGUUUUUCAUCCAAACGCUUCUAUUGAUGACAAGAUUGAGUUUUCUUUCCAGUUAUAUGAUCUCAAGAAGCAAGGGUUCAUUGAAAGACAGGAGGUCAAACAAAUGGUGGUGGUGACACUGGCUGAAUCUGGCAUGAACCUUUCUGAUGAAGUUAUUGAGAGUAUUAUUGAUAAGACAUUUGAAGAAGCAGAUACUAAACAUGAUGGGAAGAUCGACAGAGAAGAAUGGUGGAGCCUGGUGAAUCGACACCCUUCUCUUUUGAAGAAUAUGACCCUUCAAUACCUCAAAGACAUCACCACCACCUUCCCAAGCUUUGUAUUUCAUUCACAAGUGAAUGAUACAUAAGUGUGGGGGCGCCAUUCUUUCGGUGGCCUCCAUUAAAAUUUAGCAAGAGCACGUCGAUUGUAUGUAAAGUUCAGCCGGGAUUAAAUAUGCCUCUCACCCUCUACAAGCAAAAAAGGAAAGGCAAAAGCUCACUCUCUUUAUGAGGUUCCGUUUUCUUAUGGUACUGCAACUGUUUGCUUUAUAUGUAGCUUUUCUUUUCUUUUCUUUUCUUUUUCAUUAGAAAAACUUAUGGUUGGUAGCUGCAAGGGAUAUGUGAUUUGGUUGUAGGUAAUGGAAUGCUUGAGGAUUGGUGAUUUGUGAAUGCAAUUAUUUGUUUAUUA